AUGGGGUGGUUGAAUUUCCACCACCUCCUCCUCUUAACGGCCGCCGCUCUCCUCCUCCGCCUCCCCUCCGCCGCACCGGAUAUCUCCUCCGAUCGAUCCGCCCUUCUAUCCUUCCGUUCCGCCAUUGGCGGACGUGUCCUCCUCUGGAACGUCUCGAGCCCCACCCCAUGCUCAUGGUUCGGCGUCACGUGUUCGCCGGAAGGCUCCGCCGUUGUCGAGCUCCGCCUUCCCGGAAAGAGUAUCUCCGGCCGCCAACUCUCCUCCCUCACUUCCCCCCACACUCUCUCUCUACAGAACAAUUUCUUCAGCGGAGGAAUCCCCGAUUCUUUAUUCUCACUCACCGCCCUCGUCAGCCUCGAUUUAUCGGCGAACAAUUUCUCGGGCCCGAUUUCACCUUCGUUCAACCAUUUGACCCGUUUGCGGACGCUUUACUUGCAGGAUAAUCAUUUCUCGGGCCCGGUUCCGGACCUAAACCAGCCCGGUUUAUCUCAGUUCGAUGUAUCGAACAAUAAUCUCACCGGCCAAAUCCCCAAAGGCCUCGCCGGAAAACCGAAAAACUCGUUCGCCGGAAAUUCACUCUGUGGUGUACCAUUGGAUUCGUGCCCCGUUGAAGAAACCCCGGCCGCCGACGGAAGAAAAAUCUCCGGCGGGGCAAUCGCCGGAAUCGUAAUCUGCUCCGUUCUCGGAUUUUUCUUGAUCUUAAUGCUUAUUAUAUACUGUUUGUGUGGAGUGUUUGGUGAAGGCGAAGAGGCUCAGGAGAUAACCGGACUUCCAUGUACUACUCACCGAGAGAAAACGGUGGAGACGAGUGGUGGGGGCGGCAUUGCAGCGGCAGAGGAGAAACAAAAGGGAGGAGAAGAAGUGACCGGUGGUGGUAAGUCGAAUGGGCUAGUUUUCUUGGGAAAGAAGAAAUGGGAGUUUACGUUGGGGGAUCUUUUGAGGGCAUCGGCCGAGGUUUUGGGCAAGGGCACUUUCGGAACGGCAUACAAGGCGGAACUCGAGUCGGGGUUGGUGGUGGUGGUGGUGAAGGGGCUGAGGGAUGUUAGUAUGGCGGAGAUGGAGUUUAGGGCAAAGAUGGACGAAAUCGGGAGAAUGGAUCAUCGGAAUUUGGUGCCUUUGAGAGCUUAUUAUUACAAUAGGCACGAGAAGCUUCUCGUUUACGAUUACUUCCCGAUAGGGAGCUUAUACGCAUUGUUGCAUGGAAACAAGGGAGAUACAAGAACAUUAAAUUGGGAAACAAGAGCCUCGAUCGCCCUCGGUGCCACCCAAGGAAUCUCCUACCUCCACUUGCAUGGCCCGUCAAUUUCCCACGGCAACAUAACAUCGUCCAACAUCCUCCUCACCAAAACAUACGAGCCACGCGUCUCAGACUUCCUCCUGGCCGGCCUGGCCCGGCCCGGGCCCACAUCGGGCCCAAGCCGGGUCGAGGGGUACCGGGCCCCCGAGGUCACCGACCCUCGGAGGGUGUCCCAAAAGGCAGAUGUAUACAGCUUCGGAGUGUUGGUGCUCGAAAUAAUGACGGGGAAAUCUCCCGUGGUGGGGGAAGAUGGCUUCGAUCUACCGCUUUGGGUGAGGUCCGUGGUAAAGGAUGCGUGGACCUCCGAGGUGCUCGAUGCUGAGUUGCUGAGGUACCAGAAUGUGGUGGAGGAUAUGGUGUGGCUUUUGCAGAUUGGAGUCGAUUGCACUGGAUCGCACCCCGAUAAGCGCCCGUCCAUGGCUGAGGUGGCGACCAAGAUUGAGGAGCUUUGCCGGUGGAGUUUCGAUUAUACCAGUGAAGAAUGAAAUCGUGUUUCUUGAAAGUUGGUUCUUUUCUCUUUUUUUCUUGUUUUCCUUUUUUUUUUUUUUUUUU